UUUUUCGAGAAUCCCGCUUUCCGCCCCGACGGGAUGAAGCUCUACCCGACCCUGGUGAUCCGUGGCACCGGUCUGUACGAGCUCUGGAAAACUGGCAGAUACAAGAGCUACCCCCCCAGCACUCUGGUGGAUCUGGUGGCCCGAAUCCUGGCCCUUGUCCCCCCCUGGACUCGCGUGUACCGUGUCCAGAGGGAUAUCCCGAUGCCACUGGUGAGCUCCGGGGUGGAGCACGGGAACCUGAGGGAACUCGCCUUGGCCAGGAUGAAAGAUCUCGGGACACAGUGCCGCGACGUGAGGACGAGAGAGGUCGGAAUUCAGGAAAUCCACCACAAAGUCAGACCUUAUCAGGGAUUUGGGAUGUUGCUGAUGGAGGAGGCGGAGAGGAUCGCCAGGGAGGAGCACGGGUCAUGGAAAAUUGCUGUCAUUUCAGGGGUCGGCACCAGGAAUUACUACCGGAAGCUCGGCUACGAGCUGGAAGGGCCCUACAUGGUGAAAAGCUUGGAAUGACGAUCCAGGGGGAGCCGGGAAGAGCUGGAGACGCCGCCUGUCCCGGGAAUGAAGCCCCGAAUUCCAA